UUCCAUAUAUCUACAUGAGCACACCGUCAAGCAGGGCUAGUGCCGUGUCGGCGGCCCGGGGUAAGGCCUUUGUGUUUGGAGGUGCGGCAAGUGGGUCGGGCGGGGCAACAACUUCGACGACGACGGCAGGAACAGCGAGUGCUGGUGUGGGAGAUGGCAAGGCUGGGGCCAAGCCGGGCUCGGCAUCUGGAUCGGAAGAAGGAUCGGGUGCUGCUGCCAUCCAGCCGCCGACAGACAUGACGCACGCACAGCAGAGGCUCUUUGAGCUGCGGCUGCAAACGAACGCAUCGCGCGAAGCCAACCUGGCUGUUGUCGCCGCCGAGCAGGCUGGCGAGAGCGCGGUGACAACCGCGACCCGGUCUGCGCUGGAGGCGGCCAAGGCGGCCAAAGACGAGGCGCGGGCGGCGGCCAAGGCGUCGUCGACGUCGGAAAAGGUUCGAGCGAUGCAGGCCAAGCUGUUGAACGAUUCGGUCGAUGCGGCGGCGUGGCGACGGAGCAAGUCAUCGGCAGUCAAGGCGCUGGCGGCCAACGACAAGCGGGCGUCGCUCGCCGAAGACGCCGAUCUUGCGGGCAACCAGGUCUACCGCCACUAUGCUAAGCGUGGCGCGGCCAACUCGCUCUCGCUCGACGACUACCGCAGCAGGCACGGUCCGGCGUCGGCCGCCGCCGCUGCUGCCGAUCCCGCCGGCAUGUCGUCGUAUGCAGACCCGGCACGGGUUGCAGCCAUGCGCGCCGACCUCGCCAAGCAGGCUCAGCGCGCUGCCAAGAAUCGCAAGCGCAAGCGCCGUGCCAUUAAUCCCGACGAGGACGUCGACUACGUCAACGCCAAGAACCGCAAGCUCAACAAGGAUCUCGAGGCUGCGUACGGCAAGUACACCGAAGAGAUCAAGCGCAACAUUGAGCGCGGGACAGCGCUGUGAGAGCAGAACAAGUUUUAUCAAACUCUACGGCGCAAGGACCUGUGCUACGAGCGACGGCGGGACCGGGCCGUACUCCUUAAAGGCAAGCGAAAAGG